GGUUAUCACUGAUGUCAACUACCUGCGCAUGCGCUUCGUUUCAUCCAAUGCUGAUGUGUCAGGUCAGCUUGAACGAAACAUCAUCUCCACUGAGUGCCAAUCAUCUGGACGUCAUCAAUCGUGACGAGACUUUCAGCCCGCGACCACGCACUGCACCGAGACUGCUGCAGCUGCAUCUGCUGAGAAUGCACUGCACAGAAGGAGAAGCCCGGCAUUUGCGGCACCGCGCCCAAGUCCCCCCGACUGAAGCACCAGCAGACCCAAGGAAUUGGCCCGCCUGCCCGCCGAAGAAUCCUCCCGCGAAGUGCACAUGUAGGCCUCACCAAUCCAGUCUAGCUUACACCCAUCGAUACGGUAAUGAUCCAGUAUUCUGCAGAGAAUCCAGCAUCCAUGCAGUAGUAGCGCUGGCGUUGGCGUUGGCAGCAUGUACAUCUACGCUGGACGUGGCAUGGCAUGGCAGCAAGUACGCGGCCGCGGAUGCAGACAAUCACAUCGGAGCGUCGAAGAUAGGAUCACAGACCAGGGAAUAAUCCCCUGGAAAAUUUCUUUCGUCCGGUCGGCAUGGAUUAUGGCUCCGUCUCCGUUCGCCUCGUCUUUUCUGUUUCGGUCUCGUCUUACAGAUCCGUGGUGUGACGAGAUGGGGAUGGAGAACGUCUGGUCUUUCCCCCCACGGACAGCACAAGCAUGGCAGUUACCAAAGAGGAAACGAAUUCGACCCAACUAAGAUCAGCUACCGAGAUGCAUCAGGCAUGCACGUCUGCUGCAUAUACCACCGCUGUCAACAACGCCGCCGCACGUCUCUGUGGUACUUCCAUCAGGGUCGUCUGUCCACCUCACCCUCAUAACCGCCUCCUCUGGUCCAUCUCAACUGCGAUCAGAUCUGCCAG